AUGUCUAAUUCCAACACCAUCGAGCCACCGGAAAAACAUCAUCCUCCACCACCACCGUCGCUUUCUUCAUUACCUGAUGACAUCCUUCUGACAUGCUUGGCCUUGGUCCCAAGAAGCUAUCACCUAAGCCUCUCUUGGGUCUCAAGAAAGCUAAGAGCCCUUCUUCGCUCGCCGCAGCUCAACAAGUUGCGAUCCAAGAAGUCUCUCUAUGUAUGUUUCCAUGAAAAAUACAACGACAGCGACUCCACCUUCCACUGGUUUACUCUCAACGAGGAAACAAAAACAUCAACGACGACGAAGGAGUAUAGGUUAGUUCCGAACCCAACCCCCUUCCCUUCUCACAAGUACGGGUCUUUAACCGUCGCAGUGGGGUCGAAGGUCUACUUCAUUGGUGGACCUAGAGGAGAACCUUCCAGGGAUCUAUGGAUCCUUGAUACACGAUCUGAAACCAUGACUCAGGGGCCAAGCAUGAGCGUGCCUCGAGAACAAUUCGAUGCAGCUGUGGGAGUAAUCGACGGGAAGAUAUACGUUAUCGGAGGUGAAGGGUUUCUCCAAGUUGAAGUUUUUGAUGUAAAGUCGGAAACUUGGGAGCUUGCGGGGCUUGAGAACGCCGGUAAAUCCUAUCGGUGUGGUGCCUCGGUGGAGGGGAAGGUUUACAUUGUGGAGAAAGACGAGAUCCAUGUGUACAAUCCGAGAGAAGGUGAAGGAGAAAGGAUGGUUAAGAUGGUAACCAAGAGACUCUCGGAAGGUGGACGAAAGUAUAAGUUAAAUGAUACGGUUUAUUGCGUGUGUGUGGUGGAUGAUGUUCUCUUUGCUUUCUUUAACUGGACUGGGUUGAUGUGGUUUGAUACGAAGCGUAACGUGUGGAGAAGACUGGUGGGUCGUAAUGGGAAGAGACUGAAGAAACUCUCAACCUUUUCUGUAAAGGAGAUGGCGGAACACGACGGAAAGCUAGCGGUUUUCUAUCAGUGUUUUAAAACUGAAGAGGAUUUCACCGUUAGCGAGGUUGUUCAGUGUGCGAUAGUCUCACUGCAUAGAGCUGGAGACAGGAUUUGUGGGACGAUCGAUUGGUUUGGUGUUGUGGGUACAUUACCCUUUUCGUUUCGUUUUCUGCAUUGUUUAGCUGUUUCCGAUUGA